AUGGUGGCUUCCACUGCAACUUCCACUCCCUCCACUCUCGACCGCGAGAAAACUCUCCAAAACGAACUCGCUCUUCCCAUCCUUCUCACCGACCGCCUCAUCAAAUCCGCCGAUGAAGCCAAGUCUUCUCGCUCCGACUACGUCGAACUCGCCCGUCAAGCCGACGAACUCUCCCAGAAACUCCGUGCUGCCGUCCGAUUAUCCUCCUCUCCGUCGUCUUCUUCCUCUAUUUACGACCGCCCUAUCCGUCGCAUCGCCGCUGAUGUUACCAAGAAUCUAGAAAGAGCGUUAACCCUAGUUCGGAAAUGCAAGCAUACUGGUCUUCUUCGCCAUGUUUUCUUGACUAUUACUUCUUCUGCUGCUGAUUUCAAGAAGGUUUCGAAUCUUCUACAGUCUUCUAUUGCGGAUUUUGGGUGGUUGUUAUCGAUUUACAGUGAUGAUGAAGGUGGUGCGAAUCUUGCGAUUCCUCCGAUUGUGAGUAAUGAUCCGAUUUUUGCUUGGGUUUGGUCUUAUAUUGCGUCGUUGCAGGUUAAUCGCCAGGUGAAGGAUCGAAUUGAAUCGGCGAAUCAUUUGGCUUCGUUAGCAGGGGAUAAUCAGAGGUAUAGGAAGUUGAUUGUGGAGGAAGGAGCAGUUUGGCCACUGUUGAGACUAUUGAAGGAUGGUGGAGGUUCUCCGGAUGGUCAAAUUGCUGCCGCAACGGCGUUGUAUAUGUUGGUAGAUGAGGUAGAGAGGACUAGGAUUGUUGCUGCUGAAGGUGGGAUACCGAUAAUGGUGCAGGUGUUUGCGGAAUCGUGUAUGAAUGUGCAGAUAGCAGUGGCGGAAUUGGUGGCGAAAGUGGCGGAAAUCGAUUCGAUUGCGAGGGAGGAGUUUGGGAAGGAGAAUUUGCUGAAGCAGUUGAUUUCUUGCUUGAUUAUGGAGGUGGAUAUGGAGGAAUACAGGCAGUAUCAUAGCGGUGGAGGUAAGAAUAGUAUUCAUUCUAUUGUUCAAAAGGAAUUAGCUGCUAAGAAUUAUCCUAAUUAUAAUAAUCGUUUUCAUAGUCAUGGCAAUGGUAGUAAUACUUAUAGUUAUACUAAGGUGCAUUCGUGUUCGUCGUUUGAUUCGAGGGUUGGGGGGAGUAGUUAUAAUAGGAAGGAGAAAGAGAAUGAGUCGCCUGAGGUUAAGCUUAAGCUUAAGGUUAUGUGUGCUUUGGCAUUGUGGAGAUUGUGUGAAGGUAGUGUCUUGAAUAGUCAGAAGGUUGCUGAGCCUAAAGGGUUGUUUUGCUUGUCGAAAAUUAUUGAGACCGAGAAAGGGGAGUUGCAAUACCAUUGUUUGAUGACAAUUAUGGAGGUUGCGAAAGUGGCUGAGGAUAAUGCCGACCUUAGGAAAGUGUCUUGGAAGCCGAGUUCUCCACCUGCUAAAGCAGUUUUGGAGCAGCUUCUUAGAGUGAUUAAGGAGGAGAGUAUCCCUGAUAUUCAAAUUGCUGCUAUCAGAGCAAUCGGGUGUUUGGCGAGGAUAUUUUCUGCUAAGGAAACAGGGAUUGCUAGUUCAUUGGUUAGUCAGCUUGGGAAUAGGGAUGUUGAUGUGGCCACUGAAGCUGCCAUUGCAUUGGCGAAAUUUGCUUGCCCUGAUAACCACAAUUGUGUUGCGCACUCAAAAACAAUAAUUGAGUUUAAUGGAGUUCCUCUAUUGAUGAAAUUGUCGGCUGUUAGUGAUCGCUCUAGGAAGCAUGGACUUGUUUUGCUCUGCUACUUGUCCAUGCAUGUUGGCAAUAGCAAGGAACUUGCAGAGGCUAGAGCUUUGAAAACGCUUGAGAACGCAUCUGCGAUGGCUCAAAAUGCUGAAUUAAAAGAGUUAUUUUCCCGAGCUGUACAUCAUCUCAUGUUGUAUCAAGAUGGGAGUCAUCCUCACCACCAUUCAUUUGCGGUGGUAUGA